AUGCCGAUUGCAGAAGAUGCAGAAAGUUCGAAUACACAAGUUGUCAAUAGAAAUGAUAGCUGGGAUCAAACACAGAUUAGAAAACCUAAAGCUUGGACACAUAAAGUUGAUGAAUUAAUUAAAAAGGCGAAUUAUUUGUCUGAUGAUGAAAGGAUUAAGAAUAGAAAUAAAAGCGAAAAAGAAGAGAAUCAAGCAAGUAAAGAGAAUGAUGUAAUCGGCAUGAUGCAAUCAUCAAAAAUUUUGAUAUUUGUUCUCUAUGAUAUCCUUAUUACCUUGACAUCUACCCUCGCUGAUGUGUCAUCUGAGUCAUCUGAUAUUAAUAUUAAUGACGCAAAUGAUAUAAAAUCGAAAUAUACCACUACUAACAACGAUGUUAAUUAUGUUACUUCAGUUCGACUUGAUAGUCCAGAAAACAUUAAUGAUUUUAAACUUGUAGUUAUAACUACUUAUGUGAUGGCUUUUUUUAAUACUAUUGGUUGUUCAUACGUUUUUUAUCGGAGUUGGUUGCAAUGGAAAAUAUCAUCAAAAAGCUUAUCAAUGAUUUUUCGAUUACCUUUUUACACUGCCAUUGCUG